AUGAUGCUGAAAAUAUUUGUUCAUAAAGAUCAACAUUUUAAGCGCAUGCGCAUAUUGACGUCAUCUGUGCGCCUCGUGUCACGUAUCGGCACCACACGAGGGAGUGGAUUCAGUGCUUUAUCUACUCUGCCAGAAUGCCGGCCAUCAUCUGGUCACUGGCAGAUAGGCUCUCGAACGACAACGACUGGUGCUGUUUAUUCUCUCGACAAAGUUAUCAUAGAUGAUUCCGAGACUGCGCUUGAGGUUGCUGCAAGGCUGACAAGAAACGAACAGAUAUUGUUGCGUGAAGCGCUGGAAGAUUUAGUAGCACGUGAAAAUAUAGAUUCUGUACCCAUAACCGAUGCUCAAACUCGCGCUUUGUUUCUUGUCAAUGCUUUGCCUUUUAUUGGAUUUGGGUUCCUAGACAACAUGAUAAUGAUCGUUGCCGGAAAUUACAUAGAUCAAGAGCUGGGAGCGUUAUUAUGUCUAUCGACUAUGGCUGCAGCGGGUUUUGGAAAUCUGAUCUCAGAUGUGGCAGGCGUUGGACUUGCUCACUAUGUUGAAAGUGUUUUCCUUAAACUUGGAAUCAAGCAUCCUGUUCUCACUUCCGAACAAUUAGCGAGUUCCAGGGCUCGCUGGACUACAAAUGCUGCGCGUGCAUUUGGACUUUCCAUUGGCUGCAUCAUUGGGAUGUUUCCUUUGCUAUUCUUCGACGCUGAUACUAAAGAAAAUGCUGGGGGUCAACCUAAGACUUCACCGGAAUCGAAGUAA